UUUGUGUCAUACCUUGUAUAGAAUGUUAUGGUAACGUGAUAUGUUGCUCGGCACGAAAAUGAAAGAGUUUAAUAUUAGAUAGAUAAUGAGAUGACCCACUUUCCCGCCUACUUGUCAACAAAUAUAUUUCUAAACACUAGUGCAAUUGCUGAUAUUCGCAUCCAGUGACAUCACAACAUCAUGGAUAGUAAUAAUUUUCCUGCUAAAGUAGAACUACAUGUUCAUUUGGAUGGAGCAAUUCGACCAGAGACAUUAUUUGAAACAGCCAAGCGAAGGAACAUAGAACUGAAAGAGAAAACAGUAGAAGAGUUAAGAGAGAGGGUUACAGAGAGUAAAAAUGAAGGUUUAGGAGCCAUGUUGGAUAUAUUUGGUUACUUCCUGCCAAUUAUAAAAGGUGACAAACAAGCUAUUGCACAAAUAGCAAAAGAUUUUUGUGAAGAUAGUGCUAAACAAAAUAUUUACUAUGCAGAAGUACGGUUUGCCCCUCAUAUUCUUGCAGAUGAAAACUUAUCUGCAAGAGAUGUUGUGAAAAUUGUUUUAGAUGCAUUAAAAACAAGCUGUGCAGAACAUAAAAUAAUAAUUAAGGCUAUCUUGUGUUGUAUGAGAAACAUACCUAAAAUUGCUAAAGACGUACUUCAGCUGUGUAAUGAGUUUAAAAAUGAUGGUGUUGUUGGAAUAGAUGUGGCAGGUGCAGAGUUCUUCCCCACUCCAACUGAAAUUAGAGAUGUUUUCAAGGAAGCCCAUAAGCUAGGAAUUCAUCGUACAGCACAUGCUGGAGAAAUUGGAGGACCUCCUAAUGUUAAAGAGGCUGUAGAUGAUAUGUUUGCUGAACGUGUAGGCCAUGGUUACCAUGUUAUUGAGGAUGAUCAUCUUUACAAACAAAUAAGGAAUGAUAACAUUCACUUAGAGACUUGCCUAGUUUCAAGCUUCAGGACACAGGCAUUCUUAGGAGAAAUACAAAAUCAUCCAGUUACUACGUUUUUAAAAGAUGAUGCUAAUUUCUCUUUGAACACUGAUGAUCCCACAGUCUUUGCUACCUGUCUUCACAAUGACUAUGCCAUGGCAGAAAAAGCUGGUUUUAGCAAAGAUCAGAUUAUAAAGACUAUUUUUAAUGCUGCAAGAUCCAGUUUUUUGCCAAAAGCUGAACAGAAAGAUCUUUUGAAUCAUCUUAAAAAAAUUUAUCCGGGAGACUAUUAAUUGAAAUAUUUCUUCAAUUGUAUCACAAGCAGCAAAUUGACUAAAUGAUAUUUAUAAUGAAAACUGAAUGUUGUAAACACUAAAAUUUUAAGUGAUUAUAUUAAUCCUGGUGAACUCUCAUUAAUUGUAAAAAAAUUUAAAAAUUAAAAAUAAAAACAGAAAGAAAAUUAUGAAAAAAAUUGUCUAACAAACAUUGUGAAUAGACAAAAUCUUCCUUCCAUGAAAACGCCAAUAUUGAAACUAGUGUGGUGAUUAUGUCCUCAAUUAAUGCAGAUUAUCUGCUAUGCUAAUAUUCUUUGUAGGUAUGAAAACUCAUACCAACAUUUUGCUAACUUUUUAUACUGUCAUCUAUUGAAAGUGAAAUCAAAUAUUUAAAAAUAAACCUGCUUUAUUUUGUUCCAUA